UGCAGAAGAAAUCUUUUCAUUUAUUUUAUUAAUAUUAUUUUUUUUUCAGUUUCAGAAGUCAUACCUUUCUUACAUAUUCGAUUAACCGGGGAAAGAACGCAUCGGUUCUUUCCACUCGAUCGAAGCCGGAUAAAUGCUUGAGAUUUCUAAGAAUGGCAGGCAAUGUUAUCCUGAUAACAUUGAACUAAACAAAUCCUACAUCUGAAGUUAUCUUGAAGUGUUUCUGUUCUGUCUCUCUCCAGCUCUAUUUCUGAUUCUAGUUGAGAUUGAGCUCAAAUAAAGUACCCAAAUAAUGGAGGGAGAUACAUUAUCCAGCUUUGGCAAUGGAACCCAGAUUGAUAACAAAGUAGUGCAGAACUUUCAGAAGAGCUUUGUCCAAGUACAGAACAUCCUGGAUCACAAUCGUCUCCUCAUCAAUGAAAUCAACAAGAACCAUGAGUCCAUGGUUGCAGACAACCUCAGCCGCAAUGUCGGCCUUAUCAGAGAACUCAACAACAAUAUCCGUCGAGUGGUUGACCUCUAUGGUGAUCUCUCUUCCUCUUUCACCAAGUCCAUGGAGUCCUCAUCCGACGGAGACUGGUUCACUGGCACACUUCAGUCUGACACCAAGAAGAGAAUUCGGUCGAGCUGAAGAUUCUAUGAUGACUGUGAAAUUCAAAUCAAAAUUCCUUUAGCAAAGAGGGGAUAAUGGCAGGAAGGAUUGAAACCAGUGAGAAAAACAGGAAGAAGAAAAGGAUGUGUGAGAGACUAGCAGCUCUCUUGUGCUGCAACAUAAUAAGUGUUUAAUGCUAAGUAAUUGUUCAACUCUUUCUUACAAUCUUAAUUUGAAUUGACUUUAUUACUUUAGCUAAUGGAAUUGCAGAAGAGCUUUUUGACUGCU